AUGUCGUACCUAUCGCUUGGACUCAACCUGCCUGCACGAUUUGAAAUUGAUCCUUGGUUUGUCAUGAAGAGAGCUAUUGCGCAUCACAACGCAAUAGUUAAGUGUGAAUCACCGGAUAACUCACAACAGGUUGCCUAUGAGUCAUUCCUCAUUAACCUUCGUGCAAGUCCAAAACUGAUCACAUGGAAUUCGACUUCAACCCUCCAGCCUGAAGUCUCAGAAAAAAAAUUGAUCAAAUCCUCAGCUUGUAUUUUGCUGCCUGCCAAAAGAAAGUGUCCCGUUCGCCGACAAAGACUUCCAAAAAUCUUGAUUUCGGAUCGAGAUAGCAAUUUGAACAUGGCUCCUGCCACCAAAGUUGAUCCUAAACCGUCUCUACUCAAUCCAACAGCUAGUUUUAUCCCGCUCACUGAAGACCAAUCCCAAAACUAUCAUAUCUUCAAUGAGUUACUUGCUGAACACGAAAUAUCAAACGUUUCCCGUUUGGCACCCGAACUCCCCUCGAUCACUCCUAACCCAUCUCGGGGAACGAAAAGAUCAGUCUCAAACUCACAACUUUUCACAGCUAGUUCACCAACUUCAAAGAAAUCAAAACCAACACUUCACUGGACCGAAAUCUUAGAUGAUCUGAUGACGGCUUCGGAUUGGGAAGAAGCAGAAGAAGAGGCACAGAAAGAAGCUGAUCAAAACAAAAAAACAGUUGAUGCGACUUCACUCAAACAAACAGUCUCUUUCAUCCCGCUCACUGAAGACCAGUCCGAAAACUUUCAUAUCUUCAAUGAGCUACUUGCCGAAUACAAUGUAUCUACACACCCAAACCAUUCACUUUCGACAUCCAAAACCACUUCGAUCAACACCAACUUAUCUCAGAGAACAAAAAGAUCACAUUCACAUUCACAACAUGUCACCACUCGUGCACCAAUUUCGAAGAAAUCAAAACCAACACUUCAUUGGACUGAAAUCUUGGAUAAUUUAAUGACAGUUUCUGAUUGGGAAGAAGCCGAAGAAGAGUUAAAGCAAGAGUCUAAUCAAAUGAAAUCAAUAACUUUGAAAUCUUCAUCAUCUGAAUGUACUACUGCCACAUCCUCCCCACCACCGAGGAAUCCAAACUCUUCUUCAAUAUCAACACCUUCAAAAUCUACCCUACAAAGUUUCAAAGAUAGUCAAAGACAGCUUCAUUGGUCUGAAGUUUUGGAUAGUCUUAUGACAGACAAAGAUCGAGAAGAGGCAGAUGAAUCUUUCACAAUUUCCGUCAAAUCUGACUUGAAGAAACCUAUCACUUGUCCUGAAACACCUUUGGAGUCUUUUGUUCCUUCAUCUUAUUCGAGCGCUGAGAAUACUCAUGCUUUACCCACACCUAUAGAAGAACUUAAAGAUCCUUUCGAAUUGAUUAGUAACGAUUAUCAAAACUCUUACUAUCAAUCAGAUAUGAGUUUUGAUUUGGUGAAAUCUUCUUUAAAAGAAUCUGAUUAUCUUUCAAUGGAAUUUUCAAGUUUUAAUUUUGAAAAUUCUUUUUGUAGUUGA